AGGGCAGGGGACUCCGCCGGGGUGUGCCCGCGGCCGGGGAGGAGGUGGCUGGGCGGCGGCUGCGCUGCGCGGACGGAGAGCGCGUGGAUACUAUUUAACUGCAAGAUAUUCAACUAUAAGAUAUUCAAAACAUAAAAGUCACCACCCAUAUAAUGGAAUUUUAUCUGAUUCUGUAGAUCAGAUUUCUUUAUUCCGGAUUUCAUGGUAACAAUACAGGAAAUACACAUUAUUUCUUAUUUCUGCAAGUAGUCUUCACUGCUGAAGGAAGAAAUUUUUUAAGCUACAGCAGAAUUCGUUUUCGUGCCUUUUAUGGAAAUCCUGAUUUUGUUUUCAAUUUUUGAUAACAUUUUGCUAAAGGUAUGAGCAAGCAAAGAACUUACCUUGUUAGGCAAGUCCACAUUUAUAAGAAUGCCUAGAAGAGGAUUGAUUCUUCAGACCCGGACCCACUGGCUGCUGUUGGGUCUCGCUUUACUCUGCAGUUUGGUAUUAUUUUUGUACCUUCUGGAAUGUGCCCCCCAGACUGAUGGAAAUGCGUCUCUUCCUGGUGUCAUUGGGGAGAAUUAUGGUAAAGAGUAUUAUCAAGCCCUGCUACAGGAGCAAGAAGAACAUUAUCAAACCAGAGCAACUAGUCUGAAACGCCAAAUUGCCCAACUAAAACAAGAAUUACAAGAAAUGAGUGAGAAGAUGAGGUCAUUGCAAGAGAGAAAGAAUGUGGGGGGUAACGGCAUAGGCUAUCAAGGCAACAAAGAACAAGCACCUAGCGAUCUUUUAGAGUUUCUUCAUUCCCAAAUUGACAAAGCUGAAGUUAGCAUAGGAGCCAAACUACCCAGUGAGUAUGGAGUCAUUCCCUUUGAAAGUUUUACCUUAAUGAAAGUAUUCCAGUUGGAAAUGGGUCUUACUCGCCAUCCUGAGGAAAAGCCAGUUAGAAAAGACAAGCGAGAUGAAUUGGUAGAAGUUAUUGAAGCCGGCUUGGAGGUCAUUAAUAAUCCUGAUGAAGAUGAUGAACAGGAAGAUGAGGAUGGUCCCCUUGGAGAGAAACUGAUAUUUAAUGAAAAUGACUUCAUAGAAGGUUAUUAUCGCACCGAAAGAGAUAAAGGCACACAGUAUGAACUCUUUUUUAAGAAAGCAGACCUUAUGGAAUAUAGACACGUGACCCUCUUCCGCCCUUUUGGACCUCUCAUGAAAGUGAAGAGUGAGAUGAUUGACAUUACAAGAUCAAUUAUUAACAUCAUUGUGCCACUUGCUGAAAGAACUGAAGCCUUUGCACAGUUUAUGCAGAACUUCAGGGAUGUAUGUAUUCAUCAGGACAAGAGAAUUCAUCUCACAGUGGUGUAUUUUGGUAAAGAAGGACUAUCUAAAGUCAAGUCUAUCCUAGAAUCUGUCACAAGUGAGUCUAAUUUUCACAAUUACACCUUGGUCUCAUUGAAUGAAGAAUUUAAUCGUGGACGAGGACUAAAUGUGGGUGCCCGAGCUUGGGACAAGGGAGAGGUCUUGAUGUUUUUCUGUGAUGUUGAUAUAUAUUUCUCAGCCGAAUUCCUUAACAGCUGCCGGUUAAAUGCUGAACCAGGUAAGAAGGUGUUUUACCCUGUGGUGUUCAGUCUUUACAACCCUGCCAUUGUUUACGCCAAUCAGGAUGUGCCACCGCCUGUGGAACAGCAGCUGGUUCACAAAAAGGAUUCUGGCUUUUGGCGAGAUUUUGGCUUUGGAAUGACUUGUCAGUAUCGAUCAGAUUUCUUGACCAUUGGUGGAUUUGACAUGGAAGUAAAAGGUUGGGGUGGAGAAGAUGUUCAUCUUUAUCGAAAAUACUUACAUGGUGACCUGAUUGUGAUUCGGACUCCAGUUCCUGGUCUUUUCCACCUCUGGCACGAGAAGCGCUGUGCGGAUGAGCUGACCCCCGAGCAGUACCGCAUGUGCAUCCAGUCCAAAGCCAUGAAUGAGGCCUCUCACUCGCACCUGGGAAUGCUGGUCUUCAGGGAGGAGAUAGAGACACAUCUUCACAAACAGGCGUACAGGACAAAUAGCGAAGCUGUUGGCUAACAUACUCAUUGACACGUUAGUCUGAACUGAAACCAGCACUAUUUAUUUAGCCUUAAUUCCCAUUCCAGAUGCAGUGCCUCUUUCAGAGAAGACAUGCUUAUCUUUUGUGUUCUUUCUAACAUUACUUUACUUUAGCAGUUGAACUGAAGACAAAGCAAGUACUUCAAUGCAGAGUCUCUGUCUUGUGAGAAUACUGUGUUAUGGAAUCAUUGACAGAUUGAAAUCUGGCGUUGUCCCAAAAGUAGUUUGGAGUUAGUUUCUACCCAGCACCUGUGUUCUGAUGUGUCCUGGUUGCACGUGGGCUGAGGGAUGGAAUGUGCUGUGCAGAUGGCGGGUCAGGAGCACCCCGUUCCUGCAGAGAGGACGGAGUGUAAGGAUGAAGUGUGUGGACAAGGGUUCUUCACUGGCCGACCACUGAGUCACCCUGCUUGGUUUUAAAAUGAAGAUCUUUGGUCAAUUGCUUGAAGAAUCCUUUUUCACUGAAGCAGAGGAUAAUUAAAUGACACAUCUGAAAUCCUCAACCAACAAAGAGAAGGCAGAGAUAAAAACCCUUUAACUUGAUGUUGCUUAGCCCCAUAAAUGUCUGUUUUUAAACAAAUGGGUAAUAAUAGGAAAUACUUAGGUUAGAAUCUAUGACUUGAUUAAAAAUACAGUGUUACUGCUUUAUCAUCAUGUUCAGGAUUAGUAGUUAAAGUUGCUGUAGACAGUUUUGAAUAAACAGAAAUCAAACAUGGAAACAUCUUUAACAGAACACUUAAUUAUGUUGGAGUACAGGACACUCGGGGUGUCUGGGAACAUUAGUUUACGUGAGCCAGGGCCUUAUCAGGGCCUUCUUGUGGUGAUUCAGAAUAGAUGAGCAUAGCGUGGUGGUGUAUUUUUUUUGCUUUGUAUUGUCUCAUUUAGCAUGGAUCCAUAUGUAUUUAUUAUCCUCUUUUUCCUAAUAUGUUAAUGUGUGCUACAUCUAUAUUUGCAUUAUUAUAAUACUUUGAGUUGAAAGAGAGUUUCACUGAAGGGAGAAAAAACAUUUUCAUGAGAUGUACCAUAAGAUCACACUGAUGUGAGAAAGGAGGAGGGAAGAUAGUCUGAAUGGAAGUCUGAAUUACAGAAUAUUUUAGAGGAAUAUAUUAUAUUGCUUGCAGAUAGAAUGAUGUUUUAAUUGAGAUAUAAAUUAUAUUAAUGAGACAAGAUGAAUAAUUAUAUUCAGAUAGGACUGUCCUAUGUUAUUUAUCACACAUGGAUCUUUACCAUAGGGUCAAUUAUCCAGAAAUUGGAGAUAUGGUGAAAGGCAUGCAUAGAUUUUUGAACCUUUGGCUUUUAAAAGGGACCUAUAUUGAAUUCUAUUUGUAUAUAAACACCUGAAAAUUCACAGAAAUUGUUAGUCUUUUUGCUCAGUAAAUCAUACCAUCUGAAAUAUUACAAAUCUCAAAUUUCUUGGUGCUACAUGAAUUCAAUUUUACAAUGACUCUUACUAAUUAUUCUUACAAGUUUUAAGUUGGGGUAGCAUUUAGGCUUGUAUUUUAAACAUGUGUAAAAUGUUCUUUGCAAAAUUAUUCAGGCCAUUGGCUCCUUUUAUAUACAAUUAUUUAUUAGGAAGACCAGUGAAUUGUGGUAUUUAAAGAGAGAGAACCUAAUUAUUUGCAAAGGUAAGUUGCAGCUUGUUCUUUGACAAAAUCAAAUGACUUGACCUUUUCUCCUGUUUUUUUAAACUAGCUUUUAAUUUAAAGAUGGAAGCUAAGCAAUGGAAACAUUACUAUGUUUUUGAUGUUAAACGGUACCAAUAAAGUAUUUUAUUACCAAAACUUAAACGAAAAUGUGAUAAAUUCUUUCUGUUAUAAAAUAUCAUAAAUACAGAAAAGUGUAUAACAUGCAGUUGUGUACUUUAAAUAAUAAUAAAGCCAACACAAGUGCACCAGCUACCCAGAUUAAGAUAUAGAACUUGACCAGUGAAAGGCCUCUGUGCCCCUGCUCAGUCACAUACCCUCACUCUCCCCGUAAGAGUCACUAUCCUGAUUUUUAUUUAUUUAUUUAUUUAUUUUCUUGGUGAGGAAGAUUGGCCCUGAGCUAACACCUGUUGCCAAUCCUCCUCUUUUUGUUUGAGGAAGAUUGUCACUGAGCUAACAUCUGUGCCCAUCUUCCUCUACUUUAUAUAUGGGAUGCUGCUGCAGCACAGCUUGAUGAGCAGCGUGUAGUUCUGUGCGCGGGAUCCAAACCUGUGAACCCCGGGCUGCCAAAGUGGAGCACACACACUUAACCACUACACCACUGGGCCAGCCCCAAUAUCCUAAUUUUUGUGAUAAAUUCACUUAUUUUUCUUCCCAGUUUUCCCAACUGUCUAUGUAUCUCUACCCAAUAGAUGGUUUAGUUUUGCCUAUUUUUGAAUUCAUAUACAUAUUAUUUUAUUAUAUAUUCUGUAACUUUUCAUUCAGUAUCAUUUUUGAGGUUCACCUCAAAACAACUUGAGAUGUUAAUCUCAAAAGUAAUUCACUUUUAUUACUGACUAGUCUUUCACUGUAUGAAUAUACUAUGAUAUUUAUUCAUUCUACUGUUUAUAGAUUGAGUUGUUUGUGAUUUUUUGUUGUGUGCUUGUUUGUUUUUGCCAUCAGAAGCAGUGUUAUCAUGAAUACUCCUGUACAUGUCUCUAAGUUUGUGAGAAUUUCUCUAGGAGUAAUAAUGCUAAGUCAUCAGUUGUGUGCAUGUUCAACUUUCUGAAGAGGACCACCUCCAACACUCUGAGAAAGUUUACUUUGUACCCUUGGCAAUACUUAAUUUUGUCAGGCUUAUUAAUUCUUAUCUAGUGGGCUCUAGGCAUGAAUUGUAGUUAUAAUUUGCAUUUCCAGUCUUUUUGCCCAUUUUUAUCAGUUCAUAGCAAUUCUUCAUAUAUGCAGGAUACCAAUUCUUGUAGGUUAAAUGUCUGCAAAUAUCUUCUCCUAGGAUAUGGCUUGUCUUUUCUCAUUCUUGAUGGUACUUUUUGAUGAAUAAAAAUUAACUUUA